CUAUCGCAGCGAGGUCCAUCGCUAGUUUGGGUGUGUAUCCACUUUUUAUUCGUCAACUUUUGCUCGAUUUUGGCCCGUAGCGUUCGAGAAUAAAAAAUACAUUAAGCGGAGCUGCCAGCCAUUAAGAUCCAUCCAACCCAGAAUACCCAGAACAUACGAUAAGAUAGGCCUAAGCCCAGCCAUAAGGCGAAGCCACACAAGCACAAGCACACACCCACCAUCCUGUAAUUGCUUUUCCCAGUAUCCGUAACACUGAGAACCUUUUCAACCAUAGGCCUAUCCGAGACAGCCAUCAUGGACGUAAUGUCAUCAUCCCUGCAGCAGCAGCGCGUCGUGGUGGAGCAGCUGCGUCGCGAGGCGGCCAUCGACCGCCAGACGAUCUCGGAGUCGUGCGCCAAGAUGAUGAAGUACAUCACGGAGCACGAGCAGGAGGACUACCUGCUGACCGGGUUCACCAGCCAGAAGGUGAAUCCGUUCCGCGAGAAGUCGUCGUGCACCGUCCUCUAAGGAGGACGUGUCGCAGGUCCGCCGGUGCCAAGGAGUCGAGGAGUCGUGGAUUGGCGGCGGACGUUUAGUUUAUUUUUAGUUUAGCAAGAUGGAUUAAGACGCGAAUGUGUGUGGAGUACUUUACCAGUACCAGUCAACGCCACCUGGAUCAAUAUAUCUGUGUGUAAAAGCCACAACAACUACGAUUGUCUAAGCAAUAUAGUUACAAGUUUGAAUUCCAAUUGCAAGGAAUAUAUAUAUUAUAUAAAUCGAUAUAUCAAUGUGUACCAUUCACGUUAACAAGUAUUGUCCGAAAUCAGAAACAGACACCCAAAUUCAAAUCUAAAUCGAAGCAUUUGUUCCAAAGAUAUCAGAGUUGUUUCCUACCCGAUUAGUAGCGCUGUUAAUGUACACGAAUAUCCCAACUAUAACGACAAUUAAUGCGCUGACUAUAGCAUCUACUACUCUACCUAAACCGAAACUCUUAUAUAUACAAAACUAUCAGCGUAAUCCGACAUACAAAUUUAUCAAUAAACGUAAACUCAACCGAAACGGAAAUACA